AUGGCUAAUGCAACUCUUUUCUGUAGUUUCAGGCGUUAUUAUCCAAGUCCUCACAUUUCGGAACCAAAUGCUGUCCGGCGUAUUCAGAUCAGCAAAGACGACAUGCAUCUCUUAGAAAUGCCAAGCGAUUGUUUGCGGAAAAUUUUUAGUUUCCUUACUUUCCAUGAAAUUGCGCUCAUUAGACCAGUCUGUCGUAAGUUCAAUGCAGUAGCCGCAGAUCUGCUCAAGUGUGAGUUUUGCCGACUGGAGCAGUUAGUUCGCGAUUACCGUCGAGAGUUGAAGAUGCUUUUACCGCGACGGGAAUCGGAGCGUCGGAAGCACACACUGGCAGGGCAUGCAGAUGUGCUUUCCGCGGUGGAGACUCGGCUCUCUCUUUUGGGUAUGACCAUAAUGCGCUACGUGGAUGAGGGUUACUGCUGCUUCUUCCCUGGCAAGGUUCUGGAUGAACUGCGCCGCGUCUAUGUGGUAAUAAAGUCCUCCACGUCGUCCAUCCCUCGCUCUACUGAACUCCUUCGCGAGCUACGCGAUAUCUCCUCUAUGGCAAUGGAGCACUUCGAUGAGGUUCUUUUGCCUCAAAUCUACGAGAAUAAAUUACGGCGUCAGCAACAAAGUCUAAGCGAGCUGACCUAUCAGAGACGAAGUGGGAACUUGCAACAAAUAACACUAUCAAAGAAUUUGAAUAAAUCCCUUCCAAACCUGCUGGACAUUGGUAUUGUGGUGCCUCCCUCUAGCACAAUUAUUUCUGCUUCCGCCUCCGAAAUUCAACUGUCUCAGGUUGACUUUCAGUUUUGUGGAAGGUCAAUAGUCUUUUAUCCAUCCCGACAAACACUUCCGAUCUACGGUUCAUACCAUUAUUUGAAUCACACUGAACCUGCUGCACCAGAACCUAGUGAUUUGCUGGUGACCGCACAACCGGAAAGUCUCGUUAGCCAUGUAAACGCUAUGCAACAGACACUUAUGUCGAUUGCGGCAACCCAACGGGAGAUGGGUGAACGCAUUAGUCGCCUCAACAACAUGGUCAUUUGCCUUGGUUACAGGCUCCAUCGGCUAGAGGCCAAGAAUGGAAUUCAUGCUUCAGCAAAGCAGGAUACGAUGUCUCUCAAAAGGCAGCACUUGCUGGCGGACGAGUCUGGCAGACCAAUCAAAGUGAAAAAACAUCCAGUAUCUAACGAGGCAGACACCAGUGAGCCGUCGUCUCCCUCCUCAAAUGUCUAA